CGGAACGAACUCAGACAGCACAGCAAAAUGGCGUUUCAUUUGUGAGUUUACAAUAAACACAAGUUGCUAUCGCAUUUUUAUUUCGUGUUAUUUGAUAAUAUUGUGAGUGUUGGUUGUAAAAGUGACACUAAAACGAAGACUAAUGAGUUUAAUGACCGAUGUCUGCCGUGGCUCCCAGUAUCCCAGGGGCUGAUCCAGCAAAGGAUAUACAAAAGCGCCGUGCUGGCAGUAUUGGAUCCGAUGAAGACGACGCAAGUGGUGGAAAAUACACAAGGAUGGAGGAGGACAAUAUCCAAGACAAAGAAAGAUUUGCAAGCCGGGAGAACCACUGCGAGAUCGAGCGCCGCCGCCGCAACAAGAUGACGGCCUACAUCACGGAGCUGUCGGACAUGGUGCCCACGUGCUCGGCGCUGGCGCGCAAGCCCGACAAGCUCACCAUACUGCGGAUGGCCGUGGCGCAUAUGAAAGCCUUGAGAGGCACUGGAAAUACUUCAACAGAUGGCACUUACAAACCAUCGUUUUUAACGGACCAAGAAUUGAAACACUUAAUUUUGGAAGCCGCCGACGGAUUCCUAUUUGUCGUCAGUUGCGACACCGGCCGAAUUAUUUACGUCAGCGACAGUAUAGCACCGGUCCUGAACUACUCACAGGGCGAGUGGUACUCGUCGUGUCUGUACGACCAGGUGCACCCCGACGACGUGGAGAAGGUGCGCGAGCAGCUCAGCACGCAGGAGCCGCAGAACACGGGCCGCAUACUGGACCUCAAGACCGGGACGGUGAAGAAAGAGGGGCACCAGUCUUCCAUGCGUCAAGUGAUGGGCUCGCGGCGCGGGUUCAUCUGCCGCAUGCGCGUGGGCGGCACGGCGGAGGGCGCGCACCUGGGCCGGCUGCGCGCGCGCAACUCGCUCGGCCCCUCGCACGACGGACACAACUACGCGGUGGUACACUGCACCGGCUACAUCAAGAACUGGCCGCCCACGGACUUGUUUCCAGGCAUGCAGAUGGACCGGCCCGUGGAGGACGAGCUGCACGCGUCGCACUGCUGCCUCGUUGCCAUCGGCCGCUUGCAGGUGACGUCAACACCAAACGCAUCAGAAAACAGCCUCCUAGGCGGGGGCGCGGAGUUCGUGUCGCGGCACUCGGCGGACGGGCGGUUCACGUUCGCGGACCAGCGCGCCACGGCCGUGGUGGGCCACGCGCCCGCCGACCUGCUGGGCAAGCUGUGCUACGAGUUCUACCACCCCGAGGACCAGCAGCACAUGAGGGAUAACUUCGAUCAAAUUCUAAAGUUAAAAGGACAGAUAAUAUCGCUAAUGUACCGGUUUCGGACAAAAAAUAGAGAAUGGAUCUGGCUGAGAACGUCUGCGUUUGCCUUCCUCAACCCCUACAACGACGACGUAGAGUACAUAGUCUGCACCAACACGUUAGCGAAUCGUUCUCUGCCGAGCUCCGGCGGCGGCGGCGAGGCGGUGGCGGAGGAGGGCAACUACGACUACCACCUGCGCCACCGCGACGUGUACCAGCAGCCGCCCAUGCACCAGCACCACGCGCCGCCAGCGACGGUGAGCGCGGGCGCGGCGGGCGGCGCGCGGUCGCCGGGCGGGUACGCGGCGCACGCGCACUACGCGCCAGACUACUCGCCGCACCGCGCCGCCGCCACGCCGCCGCAGACCACGUGGACCACGCUCAGACCGAGCGGCGGCGGCGCGACGGGCGAGAGCUACGCGUACAGCGGCGAGGCGCCCCCCGCGGCCGACAGCCCCGCGCGCUCCCCGCCCGCGCCCGCGCCCUACCUGCCGCCCGCCGCGCACUACAACCACGCGGCGGCGGCAGCGCCUGCGGACGGCAGCCCCCUGCCGCCCGCGCCUCACUACCUCAACCACCCGCCGCAUCCCACACACGGCAUGUGGUGGGGCGGCGGCGCGCCGGCGGCGGAGGGCGCGCACGCGCCGCACGAGCUGUCCGAGAUGCUGCAGAUCCUCGACCAGAGCGGCGCCGCCACCUUCGAGGACCUCAACAUCAACAUGUUCAACUCCAACUUCGAAUAGUCACCGGCGUCUGUACAAACCUGUACUUAAGCUUACUGUCGCCCGCCGCGCUCGCUCGGGUAGCCGGUAGAGUGGUAUAACGCGUGCGGAUAAAGAGACUAUGAAAAUGGCGGCCGGCAUCCUGCUAUCUCACCCCACUCGUAGGUCUGUCAAUACUUCUUUCUACACCCACUUAAGUAACAACCGCCAUUUUCAUAUUGUUUCUUUAUCUUCCCUGUUAUAAACAUUUAUUUGCACGUGUGUGAAGGACUCGUCAGUCAGUGUGCGCGGGCUGCACUUUAUAUUUGCAACAAAGAUAGUAAGAUAGGUAAUGCGUUAUGUUUAGGUGAAGCGUUUAGGCAGCUGUAAGGUGAAAUCUUUUUUACAUUACGUUUGUAAGAAAUUCUUUGAUCGAAUUUUUGUUACGGUAAUCUAGUUGUGUAAUUUUUAGGUGUAAUAUAAAUAUAACGACAUAUUUUUAUUUUGUACUUCCAGUAUUGUAAUUUUAGCUAUAGGUACAAAGAUAUAAGUUUUCCAAAGUGGCUAUAGAGUAAAAUACAAAUUCAAUUCUUUAUAAACGGACAGUUUGAGUAUAUAACUUUUUUGUGUUCAUUUGAUAUAGAUGUACCGAAAAACCGAACCUUUCUUAUUAGUAAAUACUGUUUUUAAAUAUUAGUUAACCUAUCUUCCUGUAUUUAGAUCUGAUGCAUAGCCCUUAAUCCUUAUUUCCGUUUUUGUUACCAACGUACUAUGAAUUAAGUAUUAGUUUAACCAUCAUGGAUUGUAAAGAUUAGAAUCGCGGUUGUGGUAUCCGUGAUAUGAAUAUAAAUAGCCUCGGCAGUUCGCCGAACGCGGCCGCCGACGCUACGUGACCCGAUGCGCUAUCGCAUCAUUUAUCUCAAAAAAACCUUGCUCUAGCCGAUUUCACCUAUUAGCUAAGUCCACUGUAAAAGCCUUAAAUGGGUAUAUUUUUAAACCCACUAGCAAGAUGAUUGAAUUUAUUCAAGAUUAUGCACAUAAUAUAGAUAAAGUGAUUUUAUGAGUUUAUUUUUUAGCUACUUAUGAUAGUUAUGGUUUACUUUUACAUUCAAUUAUUUUUAAUACAAAAUUUAUUGUAUACCUUAGUGUAGCAGGACUUUAUAUUUUAUGUUAUUUAAGUAUAGAAUUAAUGAAAUCUUUACACAUAAUUCAUUAUUUUUGGGACAAAUUCACUCAAAUUAGAUAGGUUUGUAUAACAGUUUUUUAAAUCAAAUAAAGAUAAGGGAAUGAAAACCUGCUACUCUUAAA